GUGGAAUCUGCAGACUUUACUAUCCAUUGGAAUACACCUCAUCCUGGAUUACCAAGGUAUGAAGUUUUCAUAGCUUGGAAUCUGAGGCUGAAGUCCUCACCCAAAACCCUUUUAUCUUGUCAUAGGUUGAGGAUUCUGAUGAAUGAUAUAUCAUCUUAUUAUGUCACCUCCAAAAGUGGUGACAUAUUGAUAUGGUCUCCAUUUAUUAGAGAUGGCGCUUGGAGUCUGAAGCAAUUUCUUACAACUUCCAAUAUCUUAACAAAUACUCACUGUGCAUCCUUCUUCGCUAGAAUUAUAUAAACAAC